GGAAGAGGCUCCAAACCCGUUGCGCUUUGCGCCUCGCCAUCGCCAGGCUCCACGCCUCCACCACUGUCACGCCCAUCGCGCCGCGCGGCUCCCGAGAUGGCACGGCACGCGAAGACGGACUCCGACGUGACGAGCCUGGCGCCGUCGUCGCCGCCGCGGUCGCCGCGGCGGCCGGCCUACUACGUGCUCAGCCCGGCCGCCUCCCACCCGGACGUCGUGGUGGCCUCGGGCGGCGUGGGCGGCGCCGGCGGGGCCGCGGCCGAGAAGAUGUCCUUCGCGGGCUCCACCCCGGCCGAGUCGCCGCUGCACUACCACUACCACCACUCCGGCGGCGCCAUGCACCACUCCCGCGAGUCCUCCACCGGCCGCCUCCUCUUCUCGGACCAGCUCCGCUCAGGCCCCGCGGCCAGCGUCCCCUGGCGACGCCUCGCGCAGGGCAGCGGCGCAGGCAGCGUCGGGGACGACGACGACGAGGAGGGAGGGCCCGCCGGGGCCGCCUCGCAGUGGAGGUGCUACGCCCUCGGGGCGUUCGCUUUCGUGUCCGUCUUCGCCUUCUUCCUGCUCGUGCUCUGGGGCGCCAGCAAGUCGUACAAGCCCCAUGUCGUCGUCAAGAGUGUGGUGUUCGAGACGUACCACAUCCAGGGCGGGACGGACCGGACUGGCGUCCCGACCAAGAUGAUGUCCGUCAACGCGACGGUCAGGCUGCGGUUCCGCAACCGGGGCACCUUCUUCAGCCUGCAUGUCACCUCCACGCCGUUCCACCUCUUCUACGACGACCUCACCAUCGCCUCCGGCCAUAUGGCGGAGUUCUACCAGCCGCGGCGGAGCGGGCGCGUGGUGACGGUGUCCGUGGUGGGGAAGCAGGUCCCGCUCUACGGCGCCGGCGCCGAGCUGCACAGCAAGCCCAACAACGGCCGCCUCGGCCCCGCGGUGGUGCCCGUCAGGCUCGCCUUCGUGCUGCGGGCGCGCGCCCACAUCCUCGGCCUCCUCGUCCGCUCCAAGUUCUACCGCCGCGUCCUCUGCCGGCUCGACGUCCGCGAGGCCCGCCUCGGCAAGCCCGUGCACGGCGUCGCCGCCGACUGCGAGUACCACGACGGGAGGUGACACGGGGGGUCCUCGGACGCUGCGUCUGAUCCCGCGGAUUGCUAUUAAUCGGAUAAUCUGAACCGAGAUUAACGUGGUAGUAGUAUCGGUCACACUAGGCAAAACUCAAAUCUGAUGUAAUGCGACUAUUUGUAGAUGCUAACAGUAAUGCUGCUGAUUCUAGGAACUUUAAAUUGCUAUUCAAAAUCUGUAGUAUUGCGCUAUCAUGCUCUCUCUGAAGCUACGGCCGAAAUAUGUAGCCCUGGCCAGCAAUUCAAGUGAUAUAUUACAACAAGGUGGGCUUUGC